AUGUACGACAGCAGCGUGCCACGACUUGUCGUACGCCGUCGCCGCGCGCCGUCGUCGGGGUUAGGAGGGUGGCCCCGGAGCUUUUUAAUCGACGGUCGUUGCGGGGCCUUGUGGGCGAUGGUGGGUCAUUCAGGGGACCCGGCCGGGUAUCUUGAAAAGCAGCAGCAACGGCGGCAAGAAGCUAAGGAAGAGGAGGUGGAGGGGGCUGAGGAGGAGGUGGUGGAGGAAGAGGCGGCUCUGGUCGCUCGCAGGGUGGCGGCGGAGUACAUGCGGCUGUCGCGGGCUUCCUCCCUGGAGCAGGUGUACGGCAUGUUCUCCGCCGAUGCUGCCUACCGUAGCGAUGCCCUCGGCACCGUGUGUAUCGGUCUUCCGGCCAUUCGGGAAAUGAUGAACGGCUUCUUUGCCAGGUACCCAGAUGUGAAGUGGGAGGUCACCUCACUGGGGUUGGUGGACAGGUCGGAGCCGAGGCCGGAGGCUGUCAAGGUAGCGGUGGAGUUUAACAGGUACUCGACCACAGAGACUGGGGAGUACGUGAAACGCAGCGGCCGAGAGUGGAUCUACGUGGAUCCGAAAUCCGCCCGGAUUGUAUUCGUACACGUGGCGCCCCUGGAUCCAUGAAUCCAGGAAUCUUUGUUCUACCCAGUCGUACAGUCGUCCGGAGGCCGCCGCUGUUGAACAGGUAGCGGUCAAAGGCCACAGCAGACCGCUUCUUCCAACUACAUGUAUAUCUCCACAACUCCUUGACCGCUUGACCGAGGUUUUUAAAAAUCGUUUUAUUUCCAGCAACUCAAAAACGUUUUAUCACGGAAAAUGACACGAAAGUCGUUGCCGUACAUGAGACGGAUACAUCGUCGUUACCAUCACCAUCAACAACAUCAUGCGAAAUCACAAAACGAUGAAGCGAGACAGCUGAAAGGAGCCCUACUCCCCAAGGAACAGCAACACGAGCUCAUUGACCGCUACCAGCCGCCGACAUGAAGCCUCUAAUCUGGGUCUGACGACGGGACCGGAGCCUGUAUCAUCAUCGCCAUCAUCAUGAUCAUCAGUGCAAUUUGUACUUGACCAUUACCACCCGCAGACAGAACAUCAUCAUCCCCAUUAACCCAGCAGCCACAACAUCAUCGCCAACACCACCACCACCGCCAUCAUCACCACCACCAUCGUCAUCACCACCACCACCACCACCAUCAUCAUUUUAAGGAAUCGA